UGAAUAGCUAGCAGUCUGUUUUCACUCAGGCUAAGAAACGUGUCCUUACAUCACCCUUGGAAUGCUCGAACCACGACUACAGCUGAAGAGACACACACACACUUUUAGAACAGAGAGUCAGAGGGACACGCACUAGACUAGAAUAGUGGGGUUGAUGCAAUCGUUUCAGAUUAGACCGGAGUUUGCUUUUCAUUUAAUUUAUUUGGAAUUCUGCAGUGAAAGCGCCUGCGCUAGCUAACUGUACGUGACGUCGAAACCAACAUGGCGGUCAAGGUGCAAUCCACCAAACGGGCAGACCCGAGCGAAUUGAAGGUUAUCUUUCUCAAGCAUGCCAGUGUGGUGGAUGCAGAUGGCGAGAAGUUAAUGACCCCGGGGGACUUUGUGCAGAAAUACCUGGGCCUGCACACACAGAUCCACCACAACCCCAAAACUGUACAGCUCAUCGCAGGUGUAGCUGAUACCACCAAGGACGGGCUGAUCUCGUUCCAGGAGUUCUUAGCGUUUGAGUCGGUGCUGUGUGUUCCGGAUGCCCUCUUCAUCGUAGCCUUCCAGCUGUUUGACAAGACUGGCACUGGAGACAUCUCUUUUGAGAAUGUGCGGGACAUCUUCAGCCAGACCACAGUGCACCACCACAUCCCCUUUAACUGGGACUGUGAGUUCAUCCGCCUGCACUUUGGACACGAUCGCAAAAAACGCCUUAGCUACCUCGAGUUCACCCAGUUCCUACAGGAGUUACAGUUGGAACAUGCGCGCCAGGCCUUUGCCCAGAAGGACAAGAACAAAAGCGGCACCAUCUCUGCCAUGGACUUUAGUGACAUCAUGGCCACCAUCCGACACCACGUGCUCACACCGUUCGUGGAGGAAAACCUGGUUUCGGCUGCGGGGGGCAGCACCUCUCACAUGGUCAGCUUUUCCUACUUCAACGCAUUUAACUCUCUCCUAAACAACAUGGAGCUGAUCCGCAAGAUCUAUAGCACACUGGCUGGUACCCGCAAGGACACACUGGUCACUAAAGAGGAGUUUAUCUUUGCUGCUAACAAGUUUGGCCAGAUCUCUCCCAUGGAGAUCGACAUCCUGUACCAGUUAUCAGGUCUUCACUCCCACUCUGGACGUCUGAACGUUUCUGACAUUGAGAGGAUAGCCCCACUGGAGGAGGGAGCACUGCCCUAUCACCUGGCUGAGAUACAGAAACAGCAGAGCCAAGGUGAUGGUUCCAGGUCAGUGUUGCUGCAGGUUGCAGAGUCGGCCUACCGUUUCAGCUUGGGCUCAAUUGCUGGAGCUACGGGAGCCACGGCGGUGUAUCCAAUAGACCUGGUUAAGACCAGGAUGCAGAACCAGAGGAGUACAGGCUCGUUCGUAGGAGAACUGAUGUACAAGAACAGCUUUGACUGUGCCAAGAAGGUGCUGCGCUAUGAAGGCUUCUUCGGAUUCUACAGAGGUCUUCUUCCCCAGCUCAUAGGCGUGGCUCCAGAGAAGGCCAUCAAACUCACAGUGAAUGACUUUGUGAGAGAUAAGUUCACCGGUAAAGGCGACACCAUUCCCUUUGCUGCUGAGGUGCUGGCUGGAGCCUGUGCAGGGGGGUCCCAGGUGGUCUUUACUAACCCGCUGGAGAUAGUCAAGAUCAGAUUGCAGGUGGCAGGAGAGAUCACCACAGGACCCAGAAUCAGCGCCCUCAGUGUCAUCCGAGACCUCGGCUUGUUCGGCCUCUACAAGGGUGCUAAAGCGUGUUUCUUGAGAGACAUCCCUUUCUCAGCCAUCUUCUUCCCAGUGUACGCCCACACCAAGGCUCAGUUCGCCGACGAACAGGGAAGACUGGGCGCAUUACAGCUGUUAGCUGCUGGAGCUAUCGGCGGUAUCCCUGCUGCCUCCCUGGUGACGCCUGCUGAUGUCAUCAAGACGCGCCUGCAGGUAGCAGCGAGGGCGGGACAGACCACCUACACUGGAGUCACGGACUGCUUCAGGAAAAUCAUGCAUGAGGAGGGAUUCAGAGCACUGUGGAAGGGAGCUGGAGCUCGUAUGUGUCGAUCCUCUCCUCAGUUUGGGGUGACUCUGGUGACCUAUGAGCUUCUACAGCGGUGGUUAAAUGUGGACUUCGGAGGGCAUCGUCCGUCAGGGUCUGAGCCCACUCCUAAGUCUCGUAUCUCGGAGCUUCCUCCGGUCAGUGCUGACCACGUGGGCGGUUACCGUCUGGCUACGGCCACCUUCGCUGGCGUGGAGAACAAGUUUGGCCUCCACCUGCCCAAGUUCAAGUCCUCUGGAGUGGUCUCCAUUCACCAUGAUACCCCUUCUGCCUCCCCUCAAGAGGAGGCUGCUGCACCCUAAAGACUGGGCCUCUGCCCACUCCACUAGGGAGUAUACACUUAGACACACACUCCCAGGGGCCAUGCAACAGAAAUACAUACACACUGUUUGUAGGGCCAUGUAACCAGAAAUACACACACACUCCCAGGGGCCAUGCAACAGAAAUACAUACACACUGUUUGUAGGGCCAUGUAACCAGAAAUACACACACACUCCCAGGGUCCAUGUAACCAGACAUACACACAGACGUACACACUGCCCCCCACUCCUCCAAGGGACUAAUUCAGUGCACUUUCUCCCUGGUCCUGGAGAGCUGACUGUAGGUCAGUAGUUAAAGCUCAGUCAGUAACAUGAACACUGCACUGUGUUGUACUGUACUGUGUUGUAUCUCCAGUGGCUGCAUGCUCCUCUUUACUUCUCUCAUCCCUCUUUUCAUCUGAAACAUGUAUUUGAAAAGUAGCCUUGUCUCCCCCCUGCAUUCCGGUUGCUACCCCCCCCCCCACAUUCCGGUUGCUCCCCCCCACAUUCCGGUUGCUCCCCCCCACAUUCCGGUUGCUCCCCCCCACAUUCCGGUUGCUCCCCCCCACAUUCCGGUUGCUCCCCCCCACAUUCCGAUUGCUCUCCCACGCUGUUCUCUCUCUCACACGCCUCUCUCUCUCUCUGGUGGCUCCUCUCUUCUCAUUAAUAACUGAUUUAGAUUUUUUUGUUUUUCUUUCGGAUGCACAUUGUGUGUAAGGCUACUUUGGUUGGACAGUGUGUAGGGGAUAUUUGAUUGGACAGCGUGUGUAAGGCUUUACUCUGAUUGGGCCUUGCACAGGAAGUUACUGUACAUAUUGUAGAUCUGCUGUACAGAGACGUGACACUGCUGGAAAGGAAUUGUUACUGUAAGGUUGGACAACAAUGUUAUGGUAAUGUUAGAGCAACACCAUGAGGAUAAUGAGAGAAACAUUUUGGUUACAGAAGCGUUGCAGUAAUGUUAAAAAGCAACGUGACGGUAAUGUCGGAGUGACGUUACUGUUAUGUUAGAAUGACGUUGGGACUCUGUCUCUUGAGAAUCACUGAUGUACAGACCUUUUCAACAUAAGUGUUUAUUGAGGAGAAUCAUGAGCAAAGGAUUAGAUAACUUAAAUCCAUUUCAAUUCAUUGUGUAUUUUAUUGAAAUAAAGCAUAUGUAUGGUUUUAA